GGAAGCUGCUCACUCCCUGAAUUGCUUCAUGCAGUCAAAUAACUGAUUUUUACUUUAUUCAAUGCACUCCCAUGACUUGAUCUAGAGGGUGCUUAGAGAAUGACUUGAUCUAGAGGGCCCUUAGAGAAGAUUGCAAUCACCAAGAAUCUUUUCGAAUUUUGAUAAAGAGGAAGCCAGGACUUCCCAAGAUCAUUGAACUACAAAGAUGGCAAGCUGCUCUUACUUCCUCCUCCUCCUCAUUUUCUUGAUCCCGAGGUCUUCUGGUGUGCAUGGAGACCAUUUCUCAAAGUCAAACACAAACGAUAACUUGCAUAAGCGAAUGAAAAGAGAAUGGAUCUGGAAUAAAAUGCAUAUUCCUGAAGAGCAGAAUGGGACUUUGCCUCAUCAUGUUGGAAAGAUCACCUCAACUAUCAAGAAUCCCAAUGCCAAAUAUGUCCUCGAAGGGGACGGUGCUGGGACUUUGUUCAGAGUUGAUGAAUUUACUGGAGAUGUGACUGUGAGCGAAAGGUUGGACCGAGAGAAGAAAGCUGAAUAUGAACUCACAGCUCUGAUUUACAACCGUCUUACCGGUCAACAAUUGGAGGACCCGUCCAAGUUCCGCAUCAUUGUUCAUGAUAUUAAUGACAACGCCCCAGUAUUUGUUCAAAAGGUGUUUAAUGGUUCAGUGGUAGAAAUGUCACCACUAGGAACAUCUGUCACCAAAGUGACAGCCGUGGAUGCUGAUGACCCAACCCUUCAUGGUCAUGCAGAUGUUUUCUACGAAGUUACUGAUGGCAAAAACUACUUCAGAAUAGACAACUCAGGAACCAUUUACACAGCUGUGCCUGACUUGGAUAGAGAACAAAAGGCUACUUAUACCAUCCGGGUGAAAGCAAGGGAUGGCAAGGGUCUACAUGCUGAAGAAUUGGGCACUGCUACUGUCAUCAUUAAAUUAAUUGACAUCAAUGACAAUUUCCCAACGUUUAAGCAAAAAAAUUUCACUUUCGAAGUCCUUGAAAAUAUCAGUUUGACUGGCGAAGUCGGUAGAUUAAAGGUAGAGGACAUUGAUGAACCACAAAACAGGGAUACCAAGUAUAGCUUUCGCCAAGGGAAUUACCAAGACACCUUUAAAAUCAUACCAAAUCGCUACACAAAUGAAGGAGUAAUUCAACCAACCAAGCUCUUGGACUUUGAAAAGAUACGCGAGUACAAAUUCGUGGUUGAAGCUACUGACGCCAAUAUCAACUAUGCCUAUUCUGCACGGAAGGGUCUUGAGAACGUGGCAAGAGUAAUUAUCAAAGUCAUUGAUGUAGACGAACCCCCAGUUUUCACCCAGGCUUCCUAUACAUUUACUGUCCAAGAAGAAGGUGCAAAGAAAAUAUCCAUUGGAUGCGUUUUGGCAAACGAUCCUGAUAGUGCCAAACGUCCAAUAAGCUACCAUAUCUUAAGAUCCACUUCUUUUGAAAUAAGUACCAGUGGGUGCAUUUUAGCCACAAAGCGUCUAGACAGAGAAGAAAACACCUGGCAUAAUAUAACUGUCGCAGCCAAUGAGCUGGAUCAAAAUAAAAAGAUAAUCCCCAGAUUAGAAACUCAUGUACCAGUUUACAUUAAAGUUAAGGAUAUAAAUGACAAUGCCCCAGAAUUUGCUUUUCCAUACGAUCCACGUGUGUGUGAAAAUGUUGCACCUGGACAGGUGAUCACAAGAAUUUCUGCUGUGGACAAGGAUGAAACGCCACCAGAUGUGAAAUUCAAGUAUUUCCUGACUUCUGAAGACAGCAACUUUACCCUCGUUGACAAUCGUGAUAACACGGCAAAUGUCACCGUCAAGUUUGGACAGUUCAACCGCGAGCUACUCAAAACUCAUCUCUUGCCUAUCAUCAUCUCCGACAAUGGGGCACCACCACAGACCAGCACGAACACGCUUACCAUCCGGAUUUGCCAGUGCGACAAGGAAGGGAGCUUCACUCUCUGCGAAGAGCGAGCGAAGCAAGUGGGAGUCGGCAUCCAGGUGUUGGUGACCAUCUUUGUCUGCAUCUUCACCAUCCUUGCAUUAACUCUGCUGCUGAUAGUCUGGAGGAGGAGGCACAAGAAAGAUCUGAGUGUUCUCAAGAAGAACGUAGAAGAGAUCCAUGAGCAGCUGGUGGCCUACGACGAAGAAGGCGGCGGUGAAAUGGACACCACCAGUUAUGACGUCUCGGUUCUCAAUUCAGCCCGCCAGAGAGGGAUCCUAUGCCCCAAGAUGCCUUUGGAGGAUUCACCUUGCAAUUAUUCCCGGGAACAAAAGAUCCCAGAGAAUGGGCUUUCAGGCAUUGGAGAAAUGGGCAUCAUGAUUGAGAUGAAGAAAGACGAAGCUGAUAACGAUGGAGAUGUAUUGCCCUAUGACACCCUCCACAUAUUUGGCUACGAAGGGGGCGAGUCUAUUGCGGAAUCUCUCAGCUCCCUGGGUUCAGGGUCCUCAGACUUGGAUAUGGAUUACGAUUUUCUCAACGACUGGGGUCCCAGGUUCAAGAUGCUGGCAGAGCUUUACGGCCUGGAACCUAGUGGAGAUCUGAUCUACUGAGGGCGGUCAGUGGCCGAUCAUCUCGACCCUGUCUAUAAACCGUAAAACUGAAAGACUGCUCAAUUCUUUGUGCAUUCCCCGUACAAAAGAAAAUCAGAUUUUUUUUUUUUAAAUACAUUUUCAGAGCAGACUGAGAUAACCUAAGGGAAACAAGCUUUAAACAAAACCAGGUCUGUAGAUAUCUUUUUUUUGUCCCUGAAUGGGAAUGCCAUUGUACUGAGGGAUUUAAAAUGUUUCUCCUUAUAUAGAAAUCCAAUGUUUAAAUGCUUUUAAAGCACAGUGGUUCUUUGCCUGUUAUAAGAAAGCUUAGAUGAUGUCUUGUUUGUCCUCAUUGUUGCAGCUAUUCUAAUUAAAUGUAUUUUUAGUUACCAGUUUUUAUUGAA